AUGUUCCAUGAAGACGAUUUAAACGAAUUUUCAUGUACUGGUGGGACUACGGGAUCAUUAGGUCGACAUUUAAAAUCAGUCAAUAAUUUGAAGCCCACAAAGUCUCAGUCAACAAGGUACGUUUAUUUGUUUUAAUUUUGUCUUAAACCACUACAAAUAAUAAUGAAAUUAUGUUUUGAUGAAAAACAUUCUCCCGUUUCAAUGAUCAGACAAUUACUUCAAAAAGUAAUAGAAAAAACAUUUAUCAAUAAAUGACAUUGAUGAUGAUAUUGAAAUGUAUUUUAACCACUCACUAAUCACUAAAAUAAUCUCGAAUGGACAUCAUCAAGUAUUGUAAGCUUAAAUCAAAUAUCUGCUCUACUCGAUCCAAGAUAUAAGGACUUAGAACAUGAGUCACUUGACUCAAGAGAAAGCAUUCGAAAAGAGAUGAAAAGUAUACUUGAAACUAACUAUCCGCUGCAGGUUUCAGUUACGGAACAUCCAAAAAAUGCGCAUACAAAUGCUAUGGCGUUAUUAUACGGUGACGAAAUGAUCGAUAUGGAUGAUCCAAAAGUAAAAUUACAGGGUUAUCUGGCUGAACCUCAAUUAAGAUUUGAUUUAGAUCCUUUUGAGUGGUGGGGUACUAGAACAAUCAUGUAUCCAAUAAUUUCCGGAUGUGCGAAAAAAUAUCUCACAAUACUAGCUAUAUCAGUCAGCUCUGAAAAAUGUUUUUCAACUGCCGGAAAUAUUGUUAUACCAAAAAUGAGCUGCUUACUCCCAGAAAAUGUAAUCAAAUUAGUUUUUUGUAUCAAAAUAAAAAUUUAA